CCACCUUCCCUAGGGCGAUAGUGCAGCUGAAGUUUUUUUCUUCUUUCUGGGCUGUUGGUUCUCUACCGACUGGGAUGUUGCCGCGAUAAAAUUCCAACCCUUUUGUCGCAUUCUUCCUCCUCACUUCUCCUUCCCCUCCCUCUGUUGCGACAGCUCGAAGCACAAAGUUUUGCGCCGGUACCAAAUCGACUACAUCACGCGCUGCCUGACCAAAAGGCAUCAGAAAACCGCUUCGAACCCCUCCGACGAUCAUCAUAUGUUGCGCGCCGCCUCGGCAAACUUCUUCGCAUACCACUUCCCGGCGCAUCGUCCAUGUGCCGUGCUAUCGUAAGAUAGACAAAACAGCGAGCGACUUGAGUCUUUGCGCUUGCUGCCAGGGGACGAGAAAGACCAGAGCAGUUAAUAUCACUACAAAUCCGUACCAAUAACCACACAUCGCGAAAACUAAACUCGACCGAGAAUUGAGAUCGUUCCGCGCAGACGAUACAUCGUCUGAAUACCCUCUUGUGCGCACCAAGGUAUGUAGAAUAAAGCCGGCAAACAAGACGACUAACCUCGCCUCAGAUCGCUGUAUGCCUAGCAUCGCAUCCCGUCGCUUCGAGUCCAUUCUGUCGCUACCGCGCCUACCCUUCACCAGGACCACAGAAACCAACACCGACCCCGGCCACGCCUACGCACCGUUGCCCACCAUGGCCGCCGACGACGACACCACCAAGAAUCUCAACGCCGCCCCGGUGACAACAACACAGAUCACCGCCGGCCACGACGAGUCCGAGCUCGUAGGCCAGGGUCUGCACGACAUCGAGGCCAGGAAGGUGCACUGGUGGAGCUACUUCACCACCGUCGACUUCUGGAUCGUUCUCAUCAUCGGCCAGAUCCUCGCCUUGUGCAUCACCUCGACGAACACCUUCACCUCCUUCCUCGCCAACAACGGAGUCUCGAUCCCGGCCUUCCAGACCGUCUUCAACUACAUCUUGCUGUUCCUCAUCUACUUCCCCGUCACCAUCUACAAGUACGGCUUCAAGAAGUGGGGGAAGCUCCUCCUCCGCGACGGCUGGAAGUACUUCAUCCUCUCUUUCCUCGAUGUCGAGGGCAACUACUUCACAGUUCUGGCCUACCGCUACACCAACAUCCUCUCGGCACAGCUGCUCAAUUUCUGGGCCAUCGUCGUCGUCAUCAUCCUGUCCUUCUUCCUCCUCCGCGUCCGCUACAAGGUCUUCCAGAUCGUCGGCAUCAUCGUCGCCAUCGGCGGCUGCGGUGUCCUCCUGGCUAGCGACCACAUCACCGGCUCCAACGGCGGUCCUGGAAUCGACAUGGUUAAGGGUGACCUCUUCGCUCUCCUCGGCGCAACUCUGUAUGGCGUGACCAAUGUCGCGGAAGAGUGGUUCGUCAGCCGCCGGCCCGUCUAUGAAGUUCUCUCCUUCAUGGGAAUGUGGGGCAUGUGCAUCAACGGCGUCCAGGCCGCCAUCUUUGACCGCGAGUCCUUCCGCGAGGCCACCUGGAACGGCCCCGCCAUCGGCUACCUCCUCGGCUACACGUUCGCGCUCUGCCUCUUCUACAGUCUGGUGCCUCUGCUGCUGCGCAUGGCCAGCGCCGCGUUCUACAACAUUUCGCUGCUGACGGGCAACUUCUGGGGCAUCAUUAUCGGCGUCAACGUCUUUGGCUACUCCAUCCACUGGAUGUACCCCAUCGCCUUUGUGCUCAUCAUCCUCGGCCAGGUCGCCUACUUCCUCGCCGGCAGCAUGCUGGGUGAUUCCAAGAAGCCGUGGCUGGGCGACAACCAGGAGAACGGUGUUGCUGGUCUCGGCACGGCCAAGUUGAAGGCCAUCAACGCGGCGCGCAAGAGGCAGAUGGCUGCUGCCGAGCCUCCGGCGUAUGCUUGAGGGGGCCGUGUAAGGCCAAGACUCUACUGAAAUAUGUAGUUCUUGGUUGAAGAGGCGGGAGGGGGUUGAUGGAAGAUUCAUGUUGACAUCUUGAUCUGAGUGAUUAGCAUAGAAGAGUCGUCAUCGUGGCUUGCUACGCUUGUCAAAGCAAGCCCCCUUUUCUUCCUCCCGGAAAACUCACAGUCUUUUUCUCUAAAAUAUACACUAAAGUAAUAUAAAUACACUAUUGGAUACCAACACUCGUUAUUUCCCGUUUAAGCUGCCGCUGCCGCGUCUCUGCCGCGUCAUGAUUGUGAAAACUAG